AUGACGGAAUCACCAACCGAUUCACGCACUCCUCCAUUGGGCCCCACACCAGCCACCGUGAUUCAUCCACGACGCGUGCCGUUCGAACACGGUCUUUUACCUAUCCCGCGCCUCAUCUUCUCCGACCCCGCACAAACCCUAAUCUCCUUGAAACAGAAGCUUCUAGAAUUAUCCUCUAACAAUAACCGAGUUGACUCGGCCGCGAUUUCUGAGUCGUUGCAGAUCUCCGUCGAACAAGCUAGGCUUGUUGUUGAGACUCUCGUUUCGGUUCUCCCUGCUGAAUCCGAAUCUGAUAGCGUCGAUGUUCAUGAUCUCGUUUUGUUUCUAUACAUUCAAUCCUACAAGAGGCUCCUCCCGCGGACGCAUAAGGAUUCCGCCGCUGUUGCGGAUGUUUGGCCUUCCACUUCCGCUUUUGAUGGAUACUUGUCCGCUCUCACGCCGCUUCAGCUUGUCCGGAGCAACAGUAAGCGGUUUAUGCCGUCGCAGGGGGAUGAAGAAGCGCAUCAGCUGUCUUAUCUGCAAAAGCAUUUGGCUAACAUUGUGUCUCUACUAGCAGAGCCUGUGGAGGGGGAAAGUGAAGAAUCUCUGGUUUUAACCAUGGAUAGAUUUGAGCACCUUGGUUUUCUAUUUCAAUAUGGUGAUAAAGGACUUGAAGGAAAUUCAUUGAGUCAAUCUUCUCCUUUUUUUGCAAAUUCGGAUCCUAACAUGCCUGCCGUUCCUGCUCCCGCUUCCCAAGUUCAUGAUUGGCUUCUGCAGAACAUAGCUUCUGCUUUGGAACGCAUUGCUGAACGGACUUCUUCAAAAGAAAAUGGUCCAGUUAGUGCCUCUGAUCAGGAUGUUGCUAUGACUGAUGCAUCUACUGCCUCAGUUAAGGUAUCUACAAGUGCUAGGGGCGCAAGUUUCAUUGAAGGGAUUUCUAAAUCAUCAUAUGCAAAACAUGCAUCUGACAUCAAAGGUUCCUCCGUUAAGGUUCUAAAUUGCCAUGAAUCUGCCAUUUACAUCUUAGCACCUUUGAGAUACGCCACCAUCUAUGGAUGUUCAGAUACGACAGUAGUUAUUGGAGCAGUUGGAAAGUUUAUAAAUGAUAUGAAAUUACUUAACAUUCUAUUUCAAAAGAUAUGGUAUUACUUACCCAUCAUAUUCAAGACCAUUGUAUGUAAUGCAUAUAUGGUGUUCGCUAUGUUGGAUAAGGCUGUGAGAGUAGAGCACUGUGAACGAGUUCAUGUGAUUGUUGCAGCAAAACGAAUAUGUAUUGCUAACUGCCGUGAAUGUGUUUUCUUUUUGGGAGUGAACCAGCAACCUCUUAUUGUCGGUGAUAACCAUAAGUUGCAGGUGGCUCCCUAUAAUACUUUUUACUCCCAGUUGGAAGAACAUGUGAAUGAAGUUGGAGUUCUUCCCACAGUGAAUCGUUGGGAUGAACCUAUAACAUUGGGCAUGGUUGAUCCCCAUGAUUCACUAUCACAUCCAGCAGGUGUCUCUGAUGUUCAAGCUGAGUCUGCUUCUAAGGUGGAUCCUGAUCAGUUCACUAAUUUUGUGAUUCCUAACUGGCUUGGAGAGUCCAUCGGCUCUACGAAAUACAAUCCGUUCACAUUACCCGAGGCAUAUAUGGCAUCUCAACAAAGAAAUGAAAACAAUUUAGGGGAAAUAAGGCAACUGUUACGAGAAGCACCUUUAGAAGAAAGUCGUAAACGAGAACUGUCAUCAGCGCUUCAUGUGUAUUUCAGGGACUGGUUAUAUGCCUCUGGGAACAUUCGUCAGCUUUACUAUUUACAAGGAGAUUAA